ACAUUUGUUAUUUUUUUUAUAAAUAAAACGCUUAUAAACAUUGGUAAACGCGGUAUAUAGUAAUUUCUUAUUCUAUUUGGUUUGUUUCGUGUUGUUUUCUUUCAUUAUUUCGCGAGUAUCCAUUCGAGAUCGAAAGAUAAUUACUUUUUGUCACGACGUAGCAACUAAAGCGAAGUAUUACUAAAUGCACGACAUUCAUAAAACUUUAUUAUCACGCGUAUACUAUAUACAUUUUGAUAUGAAUCACCAACUGAUGCGGCUACCAGUCUGUGCUUGAUCGUAGGACAAUUUACAAGUCUAGUAAAUUAUUAACAAAUAUAAAAUGAACGACGUGGUCUCUAAAACUAUUGGUAUUUGGAUGUCGGGCAAGAAAAGUCAGAAACUUAAUUGGAAGGAAUUAAUUAGUGCCUGUGCUUCACAUGGAUACAAACUUGUGAAGUUAGAUCUAGAGCGACCUCUCGAGGACCAGGCUCGGAUCGACGUUUUUAUCCACAAACUAACUGAUAUCAUUGCCGCGGCCGAUCAAGGUGACCCGAAGGCAUCAACCAUUAUAGGUCAAGUGGAGCAGUACCUAUCGAAUCACCCGAAUAUAGCCGUUGUAGACCCCUUAGAUAAUGUGAGGAUGUUAUUGAAUAGAUACUGCUAUUACUCCAUACUUCAAAAUGAGCCAUCAUUCCAAAACAAAGGUAUAUUCACACCAACCUUCGCGGAAUUCACAACGAAUGACAUUGAAGUCAACAUUGGUAUAAUGAAGGCGAGGGGGGUGAAGUUCCCCGUGAUAUGCAAGCCCACGAUAGCCCACGGAUCGAAGUCUGCGCAUGAAAUGAUCGUUAUAUUCAACGAGAAAGGUCUAUCUGUAUGUAAAUCGCCGUGUGUAGUACAAACGUUCGUCAACCACAACGCAGUGCUGCAUAAAGUAUUUUUAAUAGGCAACAGAUAUCACAUUUGUAAACGACCAAGUCUUAAAAACUUCUAUGCAUCCGAAGAUAUUGAGCCAAUCUUUUAUAGUACCGGCGAAGUUUGUAAAGCCGAUAGUCAGUCAACUCUUUCAAUACUAGAUCCGCAGGACAAACCUGAUAUUACAAUGACCAUAAAUGAAGAUGUGAUUAAAACCGUCAUCAGAGUGUUAAGGAAGGAGAUUGGUUUACUUCUAGCAGGAUUCGACGUGGUCAUAGACAAUCAGGCAGGUAAUCAUGCAGUUAUAGAUAUUAAUGUAUACCCGAGUUAUGAUAAUUUUCCUAAUUUCUUCGAGCAUUUAUUGGAUUGUAUAGACGAGGUGGUUAGUAAAAGGACAGUCAAGGGUUGUAAGAAUUAUGAGGGUAGUUAUAGAAUUAAUGGGUUAAUAAAUGUUGGUAAGUGUACCAAUAGUUAUGGAGUGUUUGGAAUGAAUGUUAAUUAAUUAUAAGAUAUUAAGAUGGAUAUGUGAUAUUUAAUUAAGUAUUAAUAUAACGAAUGUUUUGAAGAUACAGUCUAUUCCACGCAUUACUUUGACGGGCUCGGUGGUCUAAGGGUUUAGCACACCGCUUUACUUUCUAUAGCCGUGGGUUCGAUUUCUCGCACAGUGCAUACAUUAGUUUACAUGAGUGGCAACCACACAUAAUGCUUAAUCAUACUCAUGAAUACAAAUGUUACCAUGCGAGGAAUCGAAGCCGCGACUAUCGGAAAGUAAGGCUGUGUGCUUAAACUGGUAGACCACUGCAGCCGUCAAUGAGUUACUGGACAAUUUGAAUAUACAAUUGAAGAUCUGGUAGGCGCCGCUGCUUUUUCGGGCAAGACGAUUUUUGCUAUAUCCGCUAGUUAUAUAUAAUUUACAUGUAUAUGUGUAUAUAUGUGGAACUGGCUGUAUUUUUAAGAACAAUUUAUUUGCAUACUUGUAUAAAUAUAAGAAUCGCAAUAAAACAUUGUAUAAUCAUUUAUAUUUAAAUAUUAAUUAUAUUUAAGAGAUAAUUUAUAUUUCUAUUUCAAAGCUAGUGCCUCCAAAACUGUAGCUUUCUUAUUUAUAAAAACGUAAAAUGUAUCCAUUGCAGCUAUUGGACUGUUUUGUCUUUAUCUUUCCAAUGGUCAUUCAUUAUUUGAGAGAAAGUGACAGAAUAGUAUAAGUAGGUUUCUUACGGUUUUUAUAAAUGAGGAGUAACACUAUCUUAUUGUAGUGAUUAUGUGAUAAGAACAAAUACUGGUGUUUUGAAUUUGGAAUUGAUUGAUGUCAGUCAAAACAUGUAUCAGUUUGUAGCUAUACUUCAAAUAUACAUUUGUAAUUAAUAUUGGCAGCAGAUAAGACAAGAAAUAUACACUCAUCUUAUUUGAUAAUGAUAAUGUUUAUAUUGACGGCCUCGCUGGUCUAGCGGUUUAGCCACCGCCUUACUUCCGAUGGUCGCGGGCUCGAUUCCUUGCACGUUUCAAACAUUUGUAUUCAUGAGUAUGAUUGUUUAUGUCGGUUUGGGUGUUUUCUAUGUGUAUUUAUAAAAAAUAUGUAUCUAAGUAU